AUGAUCACUUCUUUUGGAGCUUGUUUUACACAGAUGUAUUUUGUUCAUUCUUUGGGAGCUAUUCAGUCUUUAAACUUGCUGAUGAUGGCUUUGGAUCGUUUUGUUGCCAUAUGGUUUCCAUUCAAAUAUCCCAUUUUAUUUACAAACAAAGCAGUGGCUAUUGCUUGCACCAUGUGCUGGGUUUUAACAUUUAUACGUUUGCUGGGAAUUGUGCUUCAUGCCUUAACUUUACCUUACUGUGACCAGAAUAUUAUCAUGCAGUGUUACUGUGAUCAUAUAUCAAUAACAAGGCUGGGUUGUGGUGAUGGGCUGGCAUAUGUGAACAGUGUUGCACUUGCUAAUGCAAUGGUCACUCUCCUGGUUCCUUUAACAUUCAUAAUUUUAUCCUAUUUUUCUGUCAUCAUAGCUGUUCUGAGGAUGUCUCAAACUGAGAGACGUCACAAAGUGCUGUCCACUUGUGCCCCUCAACUCUUUAUUACCUGCCUUUACUAUGUGCCAAGAUGCUUUGUUUAUAUUGCUAAUGGUGUAGGAUUCAAUUUUAAUCUUGUUAUUCGGAUUAUUAUUACAAUGAUGUACAGCCUCAUACCUGCUGCUGUUAAUCCAAUCAUAUACUGUUUCAAGACUAAAGACAUCAAAAAUGUUUUGAUGCGGAGAUUUAAAAAAGGAAAAGUGAGCACUGGAUUAAAAACUGAAUGCAAAUAA